AUGUCUAUGUACUAUGUUUUCGUAACAAAGACGAGGUCAAUCAAUAUUUCAAAAUACUACUUGAAGCUUGUGAAGAAUUUGUAUAGAAUGGAAACAACUCUCAGUCCUGUUCGAGUUAGUUCACAUGCCGGGAGCUGGUAUUCUGCAGAUAAAACACAGCUGUCAUCACAGUUAGACACUUGGUUAGAAAGUUGUGAAAACAGUGUUUCCAGUACAUAUACAAUCCGAGCAGUUAUAGUACCUCAUGCAGGUUAUCGACAUUCUGGUUUCUGUGCGGCUCAUGCAUAUCGUCAGAUAAAUCCUGAAAAAAUAAAACGUGUUUUUAUCUUAGGUCCCUCACAUCACUUAGAUAUUGGGGAUACAUGUGCUCUAACCUGUGUAUCGGAAUAUGAAACCCCGUUUUAUAACUUAAAAGUUGAUAGUGAUGUUUACAACAGCUUGAAAAAGCUCAACUACUUUCACAUUCUAAGUAAAAGUCAGGAUGAAGCUGAACAUUCUGUGGAAAUGCAGUUACCUUACAUUGCUCACAUCAUGAAACGUAGAAGAGAUCAAUAUUCUAUAGUUCCCAUAGUUGUCGGUUGCUUAUCAUUCGAAAAACAAGAAUUCUUCGGGAACCUUCUAUCAAGCUAUCUGCUGGAUGAGAAAAAUCUUUUUGUGAUAUCUUCUGAUUUUUGUCAUUGGGGGAAACGAUUUCGAUAUCAGUAUUACGAUAAAGCUGAUGGUGAGAUAUGGCAGUCUAUUGAGAAACUCGAUUAUAUGGGUCUAGAUGCAAUUCAAAGCCUGGAGCCCAAAUUAUUCAUAAAAUAUCUUAACGAAUAUAGGAACACUAUAUGCGGCAGAAGAUGUAUAGGCGUGUUGCUAUUUAUGGUUGACAGUAUACGCCAGAAGAAAUCGCUUAACUUGGAACUUAAAAUCUUACAUUAUACACAAUCCAACCACUGCCAAUCGAUGGAAGACUCAUCAGUGAGUUACGCCGCUUGUGCUUUAGUCUACCGUGAUUAA